AGGAAUAUAUCAGCUACUUGAAAUUUAGAGAUAUGUCUUCAGCAUCAACUUCCAAGUCCAAGCCCAAGGAAAAGCCCUCUGUGAAGGCUGCCAAGGAACAGGAGAAGGCUGCUUCCAAGCAUUCUGGAUCCAUUAACCCUGGGACUUGCUGUCCUGCAGGUGCUUACGAUCCGAUUUCUGGACAUUUCUUAUCCUGGAUACAGCACCAGUGACCUCUUCCCCACCCGUCCAGAGCAAUGGUCGUUUCCAACGUAUAGAUGAACCAGAUGAACAGACUGGUAGCUCGCAUGGAACAGUGGUGGACUAUGAUUCACUAUCCAACAGUGGAAGCUGCUCUGGUGAGUCAGAGGACCAUAAAGAGAAGUUAGCCAGUGUAGCUAAACGAGAGGAAACGAUACCUGGAUCGGACAAUGACAAGCGAGAAAAGAUUCGUCAGAAGAAUGAGAGGAAACACCAACGUCAGAAGGAGAAGCGGGCACAGGAGUUGAAUGAGCGUUGCUGUGGCUAUCUUAUGUCAAGAAAACUGGAAUCAUUCACUCAGAAACUUGUGGCAAUGGGAUUCUCAUCUGAGCGGGCAACCUUGGCCCUUAUGUGGAAUGAUGGCAAAUUAGAGGAAUCUGUCAACUGGCUAUUUGAGGGAAGCGAGGAUGACGCACAGAAGAAGGAUCUUGGAAACGGGCUUAGCCUGAAAAUUGAUAUCAGUGAAGAGCUUGCUCGGAUUGCAGGUAUGGAGGUAACAUACAAAUGCUCAAAACAAGAGGUUGAAAGAGCUGUUACUGCUUGUGAGGGUGAUCUGGACAAGGCGGAAGAAAUUUUGGGAGCUCAGAAGCUAGAACCACCUGCUACUCCAUCAAAAAUGGAGGCCAAUGUAAAGCUCUUGAUGAGAGUACAAGAGAAGCCUACAGCUCUAGUUACAGCACAAUCAAGAGGGAAUGAUAGGGAUCUUAACUAUGUCAAGAGGGUAGUUUCAGGGUCAACACUUUCAGAACCUGGGAAUAGAAACAUGCAGGAUUUAAAAGCAAAUCAGCCAAUGUUACGUGCAGAGAAGAGGUGGCCUGCAAUAGGGUCAAGCUCUUCUGUCUCAUAUUCCGUUGCAGCCCCUCUACAAGUAGGAUCUUCAUCAGCAAAAAUGAUGCCUCAGCUCAGUGUCAGCGGAAAUGAAGGGAGAAAUAUUCAGCAGGGAGUUCUGAGGGAGCCAAUAAUUAUGAUGCAAUGCCCGCAAUCUCAUAAUGCAAAGCAGAAUCCAGUUUCUAGCAUAAUUGUCUCUCCUCUUGGGACUAAUGGAUGGUACCCAAGUAAUGGUCUGGGUAUGGAAAGUACCAAGCUAAAUGGUAAGUUCCUGCACAACCAGAGCACAGGAAACUUUGGCUCUGAACGUUUGAACUUGCAACACUUCAAACCACAAACUCAGAGCACUAGAAGUCCAGGACCAGAUAAUUUGAGCUCACAACCAUAUUACCCCCAAGCUCAGUAUGCACAACACGUGUCCAACUUGGUGGAUCCUGCAGAAACCAGAAUGGGCAUCUCAUGGAGGGCUACGGGUGCAUCUUCUCCAUCACUUAAGGUGCCAUCCUCUCUUGGACUAUUUUCUGGUUGGGGCUCAACAGUAACGGUUGGUUCAUCUUCGCAUGUUGAUUGGAACACCGGUGACAUGAUGUAUAACUGUGAUUACAAAAGUAUAGAUUGGACCCUGGAACCAAACUCUUCCCGUUCAAAGGCAAAUGGGUUGAUUUUGGGGCUUUCUUCAAUGAGGCUUGGCAGUACAAAUGGCAUCAGCGUCCCAGGCUUGCAGACUGGUGGAAUGGCUACAGAAGCCUCAUCUUCCAUUGGUUCGCGUGAGUGGACAUCUCCUUUUGCAGGGAAGGAUAUCUUUACCGUGCCUAGGUUUGUUAUUUCUCCCUCACUGAAUUAGGGGCAGGGCAGAUAUGUUGGUUUUGGUUGGUCGUUUAUGGUUGUAUAAUGCUUGUUACACUGUUUUAGCAAUCUAUAUAUGCAUCGUGUUCU